AUGCGCAGCCUCGGAAUCGUAGACGAGGGUGGACUGUUUGAACAAUUCCUCAUCGAUGUGGAGAUGGGCUCCGGCCUCGAGAUAACACGCAUCAAGCAGGCCAUUUCGACAAUGCAGAAAUACACCUUCUGGGCGGCCAACCGAUCGACGUUCCUGUACCCUGAGACUGGUGGAGGAAAAGAUAAUACAGCAGAGCCGAGCGAUGAGACGGCCAGGGCCGUGAUCCGGAGCUACAUCAAGGGGGCCGACGAGAUCGGGAAUAUGCGCAUUAAGUCCUUCCACUGGGAGAUGCCGCCGGCGUCGCCGGACGACACCCCGGAGCGCCGGCUCCUGCGCGAGAAGAUGGCUGAGGGUAUCUUCCACUUCAUCGCACGGAUGAGAAGCUGCUGGCCAUCCGAGUCGAGAAGGCCAUGGACCGAUCCGGCCUCGUCCGCCGCCACGAUCACGACAACAACCGAGAAGAAGAGCACCACGUUCAACGUCGGCAAAUCAAAUGCGAAAAUCUUCCUCGACAUCAAGAUGGGCUGGUCGGAGCUCGUCGAUGACGUCUGGUCCUCGCCCAAGGAAAGUCAGGCUACGCUUACAGUGGGCGACGGAACGAGUCGCGUCCCCGAUUUCGACUGGACACGCUUGGUUGCAAGCACAGACGGGCCGACGCUGUCGUUCAGGGACUACGCCACCAUGGUAGCGGUGUCUCCGUUUGGAAGUGGCAAAAAGCUUGCGUCUAUAGAGUUCGGCAUGGUUACUGCCAGCUCGUCCGAUGCCGUCUCACAGAAGACAAUGGCCGGCUACGCCUCCGAUCCGGCCGGGACGAACCCAGGAGCUCCCAACACCUGGCCGACCUUGUCCGCGCCGACGCUUGGGUCGAAUAUCAAGACCGAAUUCGUGAUCUGGACCCUCUAUAGUAGCUCUAACAUGCCCAACAGCAAGCAUCUCGGUCUCGUGGCUGACGUGGAGGUGUCCAAGGGCCUGUGGCCUGAGCCGUGGUUCACUCUGCCAGAGGCAGAUACCACUGCACCGUCGCAGGAUGCAACGGCACGAGAGGCAGAGGAGGCUGCUGAUGCCGGUUCCACGAUGCCGUUAUUCAACAUUCGUGGGGAAGACUUUCGAGAGGCUCUCUCGGCCGACACCGUUGCCGGAGGCGCCUUCGCCGUCAUGGACGGCGCAACCAUCGAGGAGGGCCUGCCGCAGCUCAGCAACGGCAAAAGCUCUACGCGCACCCAAAACUGGAAGACUGGCUUCCACGUCGUCGCCCUGCUUGUCGAGUGGUUCAUGAGCCUGCAGCAGUAUGACCUGGCCUUGCGAGACCGACCUGGCGAUUUCCCUCCCUUUCGACAUCCGGCCACACUCAAGCACGGCACCAUCGAUGCCAUCCUAGACUCUCUCGGGCCUACCACCGGAUCGGACCGGACGAUGGCGCCGAACGUGCUGGACUGGCGCAAAUUCCCAUUUGAGCCUCACACUAUUGCCCGUGACAGACCGCUAGCGUACAUGAAGCGCUUCCUCAUCAAGUACAUUCAAGCCCUCGUGGCGGUCGGCGACGUCUUCUUCCGCCAGAACUCGCUCGAGAUGCUUCUCAUGGCCAUCCAGCGCCACACGGGAGCCUCACACAUCUUCGGGCCGGCGCCGCAGACGGUGCCAGACGUCAAGAGUGGGAAACAGCAGUUCAACAGCUACAAUGAAGUUGCCUCUUCCAUUGAUGACUUUUGCCACGCUUCUGUCCAGCUCCAGAUCGCCAGCCCCUAUUACGUCCCCAUGUCUCACAGAGGUAAUAACAACAGUAGCAGCAGCAACGGCAGCGAUGGCAGCGGCAAUCAGCUCAACUCUGGAUUCUUCCCGCCCACGCCGUACUUUGGGGUGCAGGCGAACCCGGAGUUUGGUAAGCUGCGCUCUCUGAUUGACGACCGGCUGUUCAAGAUCCGCCACUCGCUCGACAUCAACGGCAGCAUCCGGCGUCUGAGUCUGUGGGGUCCGCCUCUCGAUGUCGGCGGCCUCGUGAACGCGGCGGCCGGUGUAGGGAGCUUCGGCAACCUGCUACAGCAGAGCGACAGCUUGUUGUUGCUCGUUUCGGGGCUCGGCCAGGAUGCCAGGUUGCAACGCAUCAUGACGGAGAUGAAGGUCUCUCACAAGAUAGAGGCCGAGAGAGGGUUGGAGCAGCUUGGAAUGGCUCGUCGCGCCGCGGCACACCGAUUGAAGUACUACUCAAACCUCUCAGGGGAAGAUGCCAAGCUUCCCAAGGAGGACGAGGACUUUUUCGAGAUCGGGCAGAACAUUGUCAAGCCGACGGAUUCGGAUCUACGUCUGACGGCCAACGAGCUUCUCGAGCUGCGAUCAGCAGACACAGCGUCCAUGCUCAACGACCUCGCCUGCGACCUGGACAUGAUGGCCAGUAUUCUAUCUAUCAUCCCCAUGCCCUCGAUCAACAUGGAGCCAAUGGACAUCUCUGCCGGUCUUCUCCGCGGCAAAGCCCAGAGGUCGAGGGAUAACGCCCAGCGUGCGAACAUGAUUGAACAAUGGACUCGGCAGCUGCAGGAUCGCCGGCUACAUCUGAACCUCACCGGGCUGGAGGUAAAGAACAUUGACAAGCAGAUGGAGGUGCAGCGGGAGCGAAUCAAGACCAUUGAGGUUGACAUGCGCGCGCAGCAGAAGGUGGUGGAGGCGGCUUCCGAGACCCAGCAGUUCCUCCAUUUCAAGUUCACCAAUAAAGAGCUCUACGGCUGGCUGGGGCCCUCCAGUCGUUUCAUCUACUGCCAAACCACGUCAUCCCCCUCCAUGAUCUCUUCGACUGGGUACUGUAACGAGUCGCGCGGCGGCCUGCAGGCGGGAAAACCACUCUGGCUGGCUCUGAAGCAGAUGGAAUUGUCUUACAUGAACACCCUGCGGCACGACUUCGAGAUGACCAAGAACAUCUCCCUCCGUCACCUCAACGCCGAAUUCAUGCUCUCCCUGCGUGAGGUGUGGAAGACAACCUUCAGCUUUUCCGAGAUUUUAUUUAAUCUGGACUGCCCCGGUCAGUACUUCCGACAUAUACAGUCCGUGGCCUUCUCGCUCUACGGCGUUGCCGGACCAUAUCCAAACAUCAGCUGCAACGCGAGUCUGAUCAACCACCGUUAUCACUACGACCCAGGCUGCACGGGGGGCUACGGGGAGAGGUUUUCGUCGAACAAGCCAGACCGUCAAACUGCCGGUCUCAUCAGUGGCUUUGAGCUGCCCGAGACAUACACGCAGUUCGACUACAAGACCAUCAGCGACGUGAGCAUCCAUCUCCGCUACAUGGCAAAGAACGGUAGAGACGAGCUUCGCUCGGCGGUGGAGCAGAGCCUGGACACGUCCAUCAAGGACGCGGCCAAGAACACGCAGACGGCAUUGUUUGAUAUGAGAAACGACGCGCCCGACGCUUGGCACAUGCUGUUGUCUUCGCAGUCUGAGCGAGCCGUUGCGCAGAUGCGUGGGCUCAAGAGUCGCCUGCCGUACUUGGCGAGGUCGCAGGACCUCAAGGUGACCUAG